GCAAAGGCUGCGGACUGCCACCACUUUCGUAGGAUCUCGCAUCCUCGCUUCUCAGCGGAAAAAAAUAAAAAAAAAUAAACAAUAAACAAAUCAACAUCACAAGUUGCAGCCAUGGCGGAAGUCGCCUCCGACACGGGCAAGAUCGCCUUUAUCCCCCUCGAGGCCAACCCGGAGCUGAUGACCAACCUACUCCACACGCUCGGCCUCAGCCCGGAACUGGCAAUGCACGACGUCUACAGCCUCACGGACCGCGACCUGCUCAGCUUCAUUCCAGGCCCCGCACACGCCCUGCUGCUCGUGUUCCCCGUCAACGCGGCCUACACCAGCCACCGCCUCGCGGAGGACGCCACGCUGCCCGAGUACCACGGCAAGGGCGAGAACGAGCCUGUUGUGUGGUUCAGGCAGACGAUCCGCAAUGCGUGUGGCCUGAUGGGGCUGCUGCAUGCUACGGCGAACGGGAGCGCGCGGGCCAAAGUCGAACCUGGCUCGGACUUGGACAAGCUCCUGAAAGAGGCCGUCUCCCUCGACCCCAUAGAACGGACCAAGCUCCUAGAGACAUCCCAGUCUCUGGCGCGUGCUCAUUACUCCGCGGCCAGCCAGGGAGACACGGCAGCCCCCCAAGCCACAGAUGAUGUGGACCUGCACUACGUUUGUUUUGUCAAGACGGACGACGGAACGCUGUGGGAGCUCGAUGGGAACCGCAAGGGCCCUCUGGACCGCGGCAAGCUCGAGUCCGAUGAGGACGUGCUCAGCGAGAAGGCACUGACCCUCGGCCCGCGGCGGUUCUUUGAAUGGGGUGGGGAGGAUAUUCGAUUCAACGCUGUUGCACUGGCCAAGAAUCUGGACUAG